UGGAAGACAAUCCAAGCCCAGUUUGCUUCAGUUUCUGUGAGGAUGCGUUUGUUUUGUGCCUACAUCCUGUCCUGCUCUGUUUCGGUGGUAAGCUCUGCCGUGUCCAACAGCUUCAGGGACUGCAGCCAUUUUUUCUACAUGCAAACGCCUCCAGCAGGGAUCCAAGGGACAAGCAGCCAGAAGAAGAUCUGCCAGAAGUUCGCCGACAAACUGCGCUACGCCACAUUGUACGACAGCAGCCGGCGUCUCCCUCUGUACUCAGCUUACAUUUUUAAGAAGUCUGAUGGGAAGAGGAGGGCAGACACGCCGUGGAUGUACGAGCCUCAGCUGGUGUCUGAAUCGGAGAGCAGCAACAUGAAGGUGCUCCCUCUGACGGAAGACGUUUCUCCUCUCAUCGAGGAGAGCCAGACCGUUUUGGAGGACUACAUAGACGCUGUAGAGUACAGACGAGGCACGCUGAACCCCGACCAGCACCAAGCAGACCCAGACGACAAAUCCUCCACCUACACCCUCACCAACGUCGUUCCUCUGGUCACUGACUUCCUGGAAACCUCCUGGAGUUCUUACCUGGACACGGUCCGCCGACGCCUGAACAACUUCUGCCAUGGUAAAUCUUACAUCGUGACUGGAGUAACUUUUUCAGGGGCCACCGUCAAGCGCAACAACAGGGACCGUCUUUCAAUACCAAAACACGUGUGGAUGGGAUACUGCUGCCCAAAGUUUGACCGUAACUCACCGUAUGAGGUGAGGUUCAUGUUCCCUAGUUAUGGCGGCUACGCCCUGAAUGAACAGGCGGGCAACAGUGUGGUGGAGGUGCCACUGAAGAAACUGGAGACUUUCCUGAAGAGCCAAACAGACUUUGAAAAAGACCUGAGUAUUUUCUACAAGAGCUGUGCGUCAGAAAACACCAUCGAAAAGAAGCGAAGAGACCUGCAGAGGGUUGACCUGCAACCCGAAUAACUGGGAAUGUUUCACAUAUACUUGAACCAGAACAGUGUUGAAAUAUAAGGCGAACGAACUUUGAUUAAAAUGAUGUUUUUAUCAAUGUUUGAAAAAGAAGACUGUUUAAAAAAUAAAUUAUCUCCCAACUUUAGAGGCUAUAUUUAGAUUGUGUCUG